AUGGGGGUGAGGGAGGUGAGUGAGGUGAGGGAGGAGGACUUGGCGGCAAAGACAGCAGUCGAUGCCGGGCAGCAGGAGGCGCAGCCGGGGGGGGGGGUAGGGCAGGCGCAUGAGAUGGAGGAGGAGGAGAUGGAGGAGAUGGAGGAGGAGGUGGAGGCAGAACAACGCGAGGAGGGAAUUGAGAGGAUGGAAGUGGAGAGCGAGGGAGUGGAGCAAAUGGAGGUGGAGGGGAGGGAGGAGAGCGAUGUGGUGGAGGUAGUUGGGGAGGGCGGGACGACGCAAGAGCAGGGCGGUGGGGCGUGCAGCUCCGAUGGCGUGUGGCCUUUGGCGGGGCCGACGGAGGGGGAGGAGGACAAACAGGGGCAGGGGGAAGGGAAGGGGGAUCGGGAGGGGGAAGGGGAGGAGGAUGUGGUUGUGGUGGAUGACAGCGAGGGGAGUGAAGGUAGCGAAGGGAGUGACGGCAGCGAGGGGAAGGGAGGGGGGGAGGGAGUUGAUGAGAUAGACGCAGGCGGCAAGAAGAAUGGAGAGGGCGGUGCGGGAGGCGCUGAAGGGAGGGGUGAUGCGGCUCGGCGGGCGGAGGUGGGGCGAUUGGCAGGGGUGGGGCAGGAGGAGAGGGGACUGGAGGGAGGGGCGACGGGCGGAAAAGAGGAGAAAGUGAAGGCUAUAGAGAAGGAAGGUGAGGUAGUGCAGGGCGCAGGUGAGGAAGUGCAGGGCGCAGGUGAGGCAGUGCAAGGCGCACGUGAGGCAGUGCAGGGCGCAGGUGAGGCAGUGCAGGGCGCAGGUGAGGCAGUGCAGGGCGCAGGUGAGGCAGUGCAGGGCGCAGGUGAGGCAGUGCAGGGCGCAGGUGAGGCAAUGCAGGGUGCAGGCGAGGCAGCGAAGGGCGUAGGUGAGGCAGUGCAGGGCGCAGAUGAGGCAGUGCAGGGCGCAGGUGAGGCAGUGCAGGGCGCAGGUGAGGCAGCGCAGGGCGCAGGUGCGGCAGUGCAGGGCGCAGGUCAGGCAGUGCAGGGCGCAGGUGAGGCAGUGCAGGGCGCAGACGAGGCAGCGCAGGGCGCAGCUGAGGCAGUGCAGAGUGCAGGUGAGGCAGUGCAGGGCGCAGGUGAGGUAGUGCAGGGCGCAGGCGAGGCAGAGCAGGGCGCAGGUGAGGCAGUGCAGGGCGCAGGUGAGGCAGUGCAGGGCGCAGGUGAGGCAGUGCAGGGCGCAGACGAGGCAGUGCAGGGCGCAGCUGAGGCAGUGCAGAGUGCAGGUGAGGCAGUGCAGGGCGCAGGUGAGGUAGUGCAGGGCGCAGGCGAGGCAGAGCAGGGCGCAGGUGAGGCAGUGCAGGGCGCAGGUGAGGCAGCGUAG